CAGCUCUACAAAGAUUGCUUAAGACUUUUGCAACACAUCUCAGCAACGCACAGGAGUGUAGAUGCGAGGCAAGUUAAAGUGCUGGUUAAAAAUGAGUUCAAGAAAAAUGCAUUUGUCACGGACCAAUCCAAACUUGACAACUUAAAGAAGAAUGCCCUCCAAGCAGUAACCAAUUACGUCAUGCAUAUAUCUGGC